AUGAUUCCAAUGACAUUAUCUGCCGACAACUCCUCCACCCCGAGGUACACGCAUGCCGUUACUCUGCACCGAUGGAACGCAUCGCAUUGGAAAACCGCGUGCUCAGCUGUAUCUGGCGUGGUGCCGCAUAGUGAACACGCUGUAGUCGUGGAGUUCCCGAAUCUUGCAAGAUUCUCGUUGAAGCACCCGUGUCCAGUCAGCAGCUGGCUCAGGUGA